AUGUCUAACGAUCUCGAGUGGCUCCUUAUCCGUAAGCAGAACAGCUUCCUUGUGAAGCGCCUCCCGGAAGGGCCCAUCUUCUCUAAGGAGCCUGGCAACCUCCUUAGCCUCCACUCGCACAAGUACUCCGGUGUCGCUAACUCGAAGGCUGUUCUUGUCCGCGAGUCCCCCUCCGGCAUCCAGAUCAUCACCAAGAAGAAGGAUGCUUCCCCCAACGCUGUCCGUGGCGCACUAGCAACCACCACCAUCAGCUCCAGGACUGGCCCACGGAGGGCUGCUGGCAUUGCCUCUAGCUUCGCCAAGCGCGGCUACCGCGCUGAUCUCCGUGCUGCCACCCUUGCCCGCGUCUCUGCCCUCGCUGCUACACAAAAGGAGCCCAAGGCUUCGCCUCCCAAGAAGGUCCGUGGCAAGAAGGCCAAGGCC